CUCCUCGCGGCGGGCGUCAAGCGGAGCGCGUCCCCUUGUCCUCUGAGGCCCCCCCAAGGCCGGUCCAGGCCCCUCCAGCCAUGGGCGACAGCGACGACGAGUACGACCGCCGGCGUCGCGAUAAGUUCCGUCGGGAGCGCAGCGACUACGACCGGUCCCGGGAGCGGGAUGAGCGGCGGCGUGGAGACGACUGGAAUGACCGGGAGUGGGACCGCAGCCGGGAACGGCGCAGCCGGGGGGAAUACCGUGAUUACGACCGGAACCGGCGGGAGCGCUUCUCCCCGCCCCGACACGAGCUCAGCCCCCCGCAGAAGCGCCUGAGGCGAGACUGGGACGAACACAGCUCCGACCCCUACCACAGUGGCUACGAGAUGCCGUACGCCGGGGGCGGCGGGGGUCCCACCUACGGCCCCCCCCAACCCUGGGGCCAUCCGGACGUCCACAUCAUGCAGCAUCAUGUGCUCCCCAUCCAAGCCAGGCUGGGCAGCAUCGCAGAGCUGGAUCUGGGCGUGCCGCCGCCCGUCAUGAAGAGCUUCAAGGAGUUCCUGCUGUCGCUGGACGACUCGGUGGACGAGACCGAGGCCGUCAAGCGCUACAACGACUACAAGCUGGACUUCCGCCGCCAGCAGAUGCAGGACUUCUUCCUGGCCCACAAGGACGAGGAAUGGUUCCGGUCCAAAUACCACCCGGACGAGGUGGGGAAGCGCCGCCAGGAAGCGCGGGGGGCCCUGCAGAACCGCCUGCGCGUCUUCCUGGCCCUCAUGGACGGCGGCUGGUUCGACACCCUGCUGCUGGACAUCGACAAGGCCGACGCCAUCGUCAAGAUGCUGGACGCCGCGGUGAUUAAGAUGGAGGGCGGCACGGAGCACGAUCUGCGCAUCCUGGAGCAGGAGGAGGACGAGGAGCAGGCCGGGAAGAAGGAGGAGGGCCCGGGGCGCGGCCCGCCCGACGCCGACCGCAAGGCCGCAGACAAGGACGACAAGAAGGAGGACGCCAAGCAGACCGACGGCGACCCCCCCACCGAGGAGAAGGCCAAGAAGUCCGAGGCGGACGGGGAGAAGGAAGAGAAGAAAGAGGAGCCCGAGAAGGAGGCCAAGAAGAGCAGCAAGAAGCGGAACCGGAAGCGGAGCGGAGACGACAGCUUCGACGAGGGCAGCGUGUCCGAGUCUGAGUCCGAGUCGGAGAGCGGCCGCGCCGAGGAGGAGAAGGAGGAGGCCGAGGAGGCCCCGAAGGAGAAGGAGAGAACGAAGGAGGAGGAGCAGGACAAGGAGCAGGACAAGGGGCCGGAGGCCCCGGGGCCGGAGGGUCCCCAGUGCCCGCCCAGGCCCCUGCACAAGACCUGCUCCCUCUUCAUGCGCAACAUCGCGCCCAACAUCUCCCGCGCCGAGAUCAUCUCCCUGUGUAAGAGGUAUCCUGGCUUCAUGCGCGUGGCCCUGUCGGAGCCCCAGCCCGAGAGGAGGUUCUUCCGCCGCGGCUGGGUGACUUUCGACCGCAGCGUCAACAUCAAGGAGAUCUGCUGGAACCUGCAGAAUAUCCGGCUGCGCGACUGCGAGCUGAGCCCGGGGGUGAACCGGGACCUGACGCGGCGCGUGCGCAACGUGAACGGCAUCACGCAGCACAAGCAGAUCGUGCGCAACGACAUCAAGCUGGCCGCCAAGCUGGUCCACACGCUCGACGACCGCACCCAGCUCUGGGGCCCCCAGCCCGGGGCGGCCCCCCACCCGCCCACGAGCCUGCCCUCCCAGAACCCCAUCCUGAAGAACAUCACGGACUACCUGAUCGAGGAGGUGAGCGCCGAGGAGGAGGAGCUGCUGGGGAGCAGCGGCGGGGGGCCGCCGGACGAGCCCCCCAAGGAGGGGAACCCCGCCGAGAUGAGCGUGGAGCGGGACGAGAAGCUGGUCAAGGUGCUGGACAAGCUGCUGCUGUACCUGCGCAUCGUCCACUCCCUGGACUACUACAACACGUGCGAGUACCCCAACGAGGAUGAGAUGCCCAACCGCUGCGGCAUCGUCCACGUGCGCGGGCCCGUGCCCCCCAACCGCAUCAGCCACGGCGAAGUGCUGGAGUGGCAGAAGACGUUCGAGGAGAAGCUGACGCCCCUGCUGAGCGUGCGGGAGUCCCUGUCGGAGGACGAGGCCCAGAAGAUGGGCCGCAAGGACCCCGAGCAGGAGGUGGAGAAGUUCGUCACCUCCAACACCCAGGAGCUUGGCAAGGAUAAGUGGCUGUGCCCCCUCAGCGGCAAGAAGUUCAAGGGCCCCGAGUUCGUGCGCAAACACAUCUUCAACAAGCACGCGGAGAAGAUCGAGGAGGUGAAGAAGGAGGUGGCCUUCUUCAACAACUUCCUCACCGACGCCAAGCGGCCCGCCCUGCCCGAGAUGAAGCCCCUCCAGCCGCCCGGACCCGCCCAGAGCCUGACGCCGGGACUCCCGUACCCCCACCAGGCGCCCCAGGGCAUCCUCCCCUACGGCCAGCCGCGCCCGCCCAUCCUGGGCUACGGAGCUGCGGCCGUCCGCCCGACCGUCCCCACAGGAGGCCCCCCCUACCCCCACGCCCCGUACGGCGCCGGCCGCGGCAACUACGACACCUUCCGGGGCCAGGGCGGGGGUGGCGGCUACCCCGGGAAACCCCGCAACAGGAUGGUACGCGGAGACCCUCGGGCCAUCGUGGAAUACCGGGACCUGGAUGCACCCGAGGACGUGGAUUUCUUCUGAGGGCAGAAACCCCCUUCCCCUCCCUUCCGGGCCCGUCCCGCCCCCACUCCCCGGCGGACCCCCACUGCCUCCGAGA